AUGCCUCAGAAUGUGGACAACGCGUACGGAUUGGAGACAAUCAAUGGUCGCGUGUAUUACGAGUGCUUUCUAUGCGAUAAAUUGGUGGUGAAGUGCGAGAAAGACAUUGUCCGACACGUGUUUCGGGACCACUUGCGGUCACAAUCCGUGACCACAACCCCUCCCACGACUCGCAGACAACCCGUGGCCACCGGUCGGGACAGUCACGCGUCCGGCCAUACCGUAAACAGUGGCCAGAAGUCGAGUUCUGAUAAACACAUACAACCCGUACCGAAACAGGCGGCCAAUGACAGCCACCAAUCCGCGGAUCAGCUCAACGAUCAUGACAAAUCCGUGGCCACAAUAUCGGAUCAGAACAGAGACAAUGCGAAUACACAGUCAAAGAGUUUGCGCACAAAUGAACGCCCGAUCGCUAGUCGAUCGCCGGCUCACACUUCUGGCCAGUCUUUGCUGAAACGUCGCCGCAAUGGCCGCAAACACGUCGUCCCCAACGACCAGAAGUUGAUCACUGAUUACUGGCCGGUGUCUAGACUGCAGGCAAAAGAACAGACAACUAAAGUCAAAACCAAUGGAUCUACUUAUCAAACAAGUGCUGAGCCAUUAUCGGCGCCGACCACUGACCAGUCCGAUGACCAGCCGAUGGACAAUGACUUUCAUGUGGACACAAAACGGUUCUCAUGUCUGGAGAAGGGCUGCGGAAAGACAUUUGGUUUUAUGCAAUCAUUAAUACAACACCGACUCAAACACAGCCAACGGGUGAACAAAACGGCCGCCAAUUUGACCACAAAAGCCAAUACAAUACCCAAAGCGACGGCCGGUUCUGUGCGUACGUCGAGAACCGACUACAGCGGCGGCUAUAAGUGGUACGACUCGUUCACUGGCGUCCAGAAAAUGGGCCACAAGUGGUAUAAAGUUCAUCGUCUGAACGACCGGUCAGUCAACGCCCAGAAGGAGUCACACCGACACGACCUUAACUACCGGGGCUUACAGUCGCUUAAGAAUCUUACCCAAUGGUACCGAUGCUACCCAUUGCGAGGCCAACGGUACUACCGGUGUCUCUACGAGACUGCCUGUACUUACGGGACAUACAAAUCGCAACAAAUGGCACAGCAUUUACACUGUCUACACAUCCAGACCCGACGGUUUCCGUGCCGUACGCCCGGAUGCGGUCACGUGUACCUAACGCCUCAAUCUCUGCGCCAACACGAGCGCAAUCAUCGGUGCGGUUUUGGCACCGGUAGGGGCGGCACACUGUCCGGUCCGUGCGGUAACCGAAACAUAUUUAAAUACCGGAUUGUGAUGAGAGGCCCGGACGGCCGCAUCAGUGCCUACGAGUGCGCCUUUUGUCACCGCCGUAUGCGUUACGAUAUGGCCAUCAAACGCCACAUCCAUAACCAACACCUGUGUCCGGAGCGCGUGCUUUGGGUCGAGUGUCCGCCACCGACCGGCGACACUGACUCUGGCGCUCAAACGAUUGCCGCCGCGUCUGGAGUCCAGACGUUUGCCGCCAACGAUGAUAGCGAUGGCGACGACAUACAGAUACUCGAUGAAAGUCUGACCACCGAUGGCCGCCGCGGCCGACUGCUGACCACCGCCAGCCCAGAGGUGAAACAGUGGCUCCGGGAGCGCAGUGUGAGCACCUGUACGACCGAACGGUACGCCCACUGUAUGCAAAAGUUGGAGCGAUUGGCGCGGAUUCGACCGCUUUUUGAACGCCGCUGUAUUGACGGCCUCUACCGCUAUGUAUGCAAAGAGUGUCACUUCGCGGCCAAUAAGAUGGACAACAUUUGCCUCCACUUACGACUUAAACAUUUUGUUAAUUAA